AUGGCCAACUCCUUCCUUCCCUUCUUCAUCUUCAUCCUCAUCGUCCUCGUCGUCAUCGUCGUUAAAGGCGAACCAGACCUAACUCACAUCUCGGCCUACUGCGGCUCUCGCCACGACGAGAGCCCUCUAAGGAAAGAUCAAGCCACGAGGCUCACACAAGGAGCCAUCGGAGGCACAUACCCCGGUACCGAUUUCUGCGGUUUCACCAGCGACAAUUCCUACACAAUGUAUGACAGGUAUGCGUGUUCAGCCGCCGUUUCUCAACCGGAGGAUUGCACCGAUUGCAUGAAGUAUGCCGCAGACCAGCUGCUGAACCAGCUGUGCAAGGAUCAGUACGGCGCCCAGAUCACCCUCGGGAGCUGUUCCUUGAGGUACGAGUUCGAUCCCAUACCGGGAUGUUUCUGA